GUCUGUCCGCCCUUUCCUUCGACCGCCAGUUGUACUUAACUUAUGUCUAACGGUAACCUGUGUCGAACCAGCCUACGUACGCGUACCACGACUCGCGCACAACGUUCUGUCUCUCGUAGGCCCCACGCAAUACCACUACGCUGCCGACACCGUUCCACUCACCCCCAAGAGCCCGCCUCAUCUUCAGAUUGGCCAAAUCCCAUCUCCUCCUCCUCUAUUCUCGUCCGCUCCAAAUCUACCUUCGAAGCAUUCGCUUCGAGGCAUCCGGAUCCUCAUGAGCUCAGCGAGCCUUCCGCGGACGUCUCGCGCUUCCUGAUACACCUCAAGGCGACCACGUCGCGCGCACGACGGGCCACGCACGCGAUGUGGGCCUGGCGGAGCAUAUCUGCCACACACGGCGUCCGCUCGUGCGCGGACGACGGCGGCGAGGCUGGCGCCGGUAAGAAACUGGAACGCUUGUUGGAGCUCUCGGCAUGCGAGAACGUGGUGCUGGUCGUGUUCCGGUGGUAUGGGGGCGUGCAGCUUGGGUCGCAGAGGUGGAAGUGCAUCUCGCAGGUGGCCAAGGAGGCGUUGGAGGCGGGCGGAUUCCGUGGCAGCCCGUCUGCGAAGGAUGGCGCGAAGCGACGGUAGACUGAGGCGAUUUCAACAUUUUUGGUAAACUUGUCGCUUUGCGGCUCUUCCGAGCUCGCCGUCGUCAGUAUGCUGGGGCGUUAAGUAAAUAUUGGUGAUGAACACUGAACGCGCGUGGGCCUCUGAUCAUGGCUUUAACUAUGGGUCGUCGUUCCCACCAUGACACGCGCUCUCCAAGUAGAGGUGAGUCUCCUCCACCAACUUCGUAAUGCGAUUUCUCCCAAACUGUCUCCCCCAGUAUGCGUGUCGUUGGGUACAC